UUCUUUCAAUUACAAUAUCUUUGACCUCUCCCCCAACGCCCACUUGGAAUAAUCCCUUCUUCUACUGUGAAGUGUGAACUCAAGGACCCAAACGUUCCUCCUUACCGUCUUUCAUUAUAGUUUGACAUGGAAAUCGAGAAACGAGCGGAUGAUCCAGGUAGCAAAGCCAUGGAGGACAAAUACAAUGUUGAAGCCACUGAAAAUCAAGCCAAUGAAGCGCUGCGUUUGCCUAUUACAGAGGCAGCACCCAUAUAUGAGCAGAUUCUGACUGUGUUUCCCACUGCAGCAAAAUAUUGGAAGCAAUAUGUGGAGGCACAGAUUGCUGUCAAUAAUGAUGAUGCUACAAAACAGAUAUUUAGCCGGUGUUUGUUGAUUUGUCUUCAAGUUCCACUCUGGCGAUGCUACAUUCGUUUCAUCAGAAAGGUCAAUGACAAGAAGGGGGUGGAGGGUCAAGAAGAGACUAGAAAAGCUUUUGAUUUUAUGCUCAGUUAUGUUGGAGCUGAUAUAGCGUCUGGGCCUGUGUGGAUGGAGUACAUCGCUUUUUUAAAGUCGUUACAGGCUGUAAGCACACAGGAAGAGUCGCAACGGAUGACUGCUGUGCGGAAAGCAUACCAGAGAGCCAUUGUUACUCCUACGCAUCACAUUGAACAACUUUGGAAGGAUUAUGAAAAUUUUGAAAAUUCUGUCAGCCGCCAUCUGGCAAAAGGACUGUUAUCUGAAUAUCAACCAAAAUUUAACAGUGCCAGGGCCGUUUAUAGGGAGCGGAAGAAGUACGUUGACGAAAUUGACUUGAAUAUGCUUGCUGUGCCACCAACUGGCUCUUACAAGGAAGAAUUGCAGUGGAUGGCGUGGAAAAAGUUGCUGGGUUUUGAAAAAGGGAAUCCACAAAGGAUAGACAAUGGAUCAUCCAACAAGCGAAUUAUUUUCACAUAUGAGCAGUGUCUAAUGUAUCUAUACCAUUAUCCUGAUAUAUGGUAUGACUAUGCGAUGUGGCAUGCAAAAAGUGGAUCAAUAGAUGCUGCAAUUAAAGUAUUUCAGAGAGCAUUGAAGGCUCUUCCUGACUCGGAGAUGCUUAGAUAUGCGUAUGCAGAGCUGGAAGAAUCCCGUGGAGCGAUUCAGCCUACGAAAAAAAUAUAUGAGAACCUUUUGGGAGACGGUGUUAACACAACAGCCCUUGCUCAUAUACAGUUUAUUCGCUUUUUAAGGAGAACUGAAGGAGUUGAAGCAGCUCGCAAGUACUUUUUAGAUGCACGCAAAUCCCCAAACUGCACAUAUCAUGUUUAUGUUGCUUAUGCAAUGGUGGCCUUAUGUCUUGACAAGGAUCCCAAGAUGGCACACAAUGUUUUUGAAGCUGGGCUGAAACAGUUUAUGCACGAGCCUGUAUACAUUCUUGAAUAUGCAGAUUUUUUAACUCGCUUGAAUGAUGAUAGAAAUAUUCGGGCCCUGUUUGAAAGGGCAUUAAGCUCACUACCACCAGAAAAAUCUGUUGAGGUUUGGAAACAAUUUGCCAAAUUUGAGCAAACUUUUGGAGAUCUGGCUAGCAUGUUGAAGGUUGAGCAAAGAAAAAAAGAAGCACUUUCUACAACUGAUGAAGAGGGACCUUCAUCUUUGGAAAGUUCUUUACAAGAGGUUGUAUCUCGAUAUAGUUUCAUGGAUCUUUGGCCCUGCUCUACGAAGGAUCUGGACCAUUUAGCCCGACAAGAGUGGCUUGCUAAAAAUAUUAAUAAGAAAGUGGAGAAGUCAACUAUGCUAAGUGGACCUGACUUUGCAGACAAGGGUUCUACUGGCCUGAUAAGCAAUUCAUCUGUGUCUGCAAAAGUAGUUUAUCCAGAUACUAAUCAAAUGGUUAUCUAUGAUCCAAGGCAAAAACCUGGGGUUGGAAAUUUUCAGACCACGACAGUAGCUGGAGUUCUCGCUGCUUCUAGCACCUUGUCAAAUCCUGUUGUUGCAGCAGUAGGUGGCCAAACAAGUGCCUUUGAUGAAAUAUUAAAAGUAACACCACCUGCUUUGGUGGCCUUCUUAGCAAAUUUACCGAUCAUUGAAGGUCCAACCCCAGAUGUGGAUGUUGUGCUAUCAAUUUGUUUGCAAAGUGAUAUACCAACACCACAGCCUGCAAAGUCAGGGACUGCCCCUAUGCAAUUUCUGUCAGUACCAGCUCCUUCUUCUACGAGUGACCUUUCUGUUUCAAGCAAGUCUCAUCCCAUCCCAAGUGGGUCAUCUUUCAAGCCAGCCAGGGGGAAACGAAAAAAUAUAGAUAGGAAAGACGAUGAUGAAACUACAGUCCAGAGCCAGCCACUCCCAACAGAUGCUUUCAGGAUACGGCAGAUCCAGAAGGCUAGCCGUUCUGCUUCAGCUAGCCGCACUGCUUCUCAAACAGGAUCAGUUUCGUAUGGAAGUGCAAUUUCUGGAGAUUUAUCUGGUAGCACCGGCUAAUUUACAUAUUGUUUUCCCCACUUGGUUUACUUUGAUGUACACUAAUGAUUAUUUCUUCAAUAAAAGUUCCAAUUUACAACUUUCUUUU